AUGGCCCGCGUGGAGUCCGAAUAUGCAAUCGGGCUCGGCGGCCCCGAGGCAGUGCUCCAAGCCAUGAACGAGCUGAAGCCACUGCUGCAGGAUAAGGAGGCGAAAGUCCGCAGGUACGCGGCAGGUGCCGUGGGGAAGGGCGGCCCCGAGGCGGUGCACCAGGUCAUGGACGAGCUGAGGGCGCUGCUGCAGGACGAGUCGGCGGGGGUCCGACAGCGGGCCGGAGGGGCCAUCGGGCGGGGUGGCCCCGAGGCAGUGCUCCAGGCCGUGGGCGAACUGAAGGAGCUGCUGCAAGAGACGAGUUCGAGGGUUCGCCAGUGGGCCGCGUGGACCAUCGGGAAGGGCGGCCCCGAGGCCGUAUUCCGUGCCAGGGAAGAGUUGGAGGUCUUGCUGGACGAUCCGGAGGGUGCGAUUCGCGAGUCAGCUGCGAGAUCUCUAAGCCAUGGUGGCGCAGACGUCAUCGCCGAGGCGACUGCGCAUAUUCGUCCCUCGCUGGAUUUGGGGAAUUAUCCGCGCAAAAUCACAAAUGCUACAGAAGUUGUAUCAAUUUUGGGCCCCGCAGCCAUUGAGGGCAUCCUGCCUGCAUUGCAACUGGUGCUUCGCCGCGACGUCACCCGUUCGGGUCAGACUGCUGCAAGGCUUCAACAAAUGACAAUCGCAGCAGCCGCCAUCGCCCUAAGAGGGUAUUUCGCCUCCCGCCCGAUGUUUUUGCAUACGGAUCUGGCUCGCGACCUGGAGCGGGCGCACUACAAUCUCCAUCAUUUUGUCAGCUCGCAGCCGAACUGGGGAGAACUUGGCGCUGUCCGUGAGGUCGAGAAUGCAUUGCAUGCGUUUGGUGUGUUGGUGGAGGGCAGAUGCAUGCCUCUACUCCAGGCACAAGUGGGCGAGCUCUUGCUCGUCAGGUCAGGGGCAGUCACAACGCCGACCGGCUACAUGGUGGAGUCGGCUGCGAAUGCCGCGCUGUCUGACCAUGGGUUGCGAGCCCACAAGUGUCCCCACAUCGGCGCUUGCCCAGGCGAAGUUGCCAAUGUCACGUACACGAACAGCACAGACGUCACCUGCCCACUUGCGCGCAGCGGUGGGGCAGGCGCCCCCUGCAGCAAGGGGUACGACGGCAACGUCGCUGGAUGCGCUGGUUGCAUAGGAGGCUGGGGUCGAUCUCCAACAGAUGCAUUCACGUGCCAGCGGUGCGGGAUUGCUUGGGUGCAGUGGGCGGUCUGGCUGGCCCACCCUUCUUCGCUGCUGGCGAUCUCAUUGAGGAGCGCUAAGCGCGCAGCUGCGCUUGGUGACGCUGCCGCUUUCGCCAACGACGUCCUCAAGAUCGCGCUCUCCUUCAGCUCCAGCUCGGCCGUGAUCAUCUCGGCGCUGGCUAGUUCGGCCACGUAUCGCAACCUGAAUGAGCAGACGCGGACCUGGUUAACAUGGACAUCAUACCCCGCUCAAGCGGGCGAGGCGACUUGGUCUUCGAGUGCGGACUGCCUGCUGGGGUGGACUCUGUCACUCAGACAGAUGCUUCUGCUGGCGCUGGCGAAUCCUUUGAUUGUCCUGGCUGCUACCUGCUUCGUGCUGGGCUUCCUUCAUAUCGUCCGCCGCAGGCAGGGCAUGAGCUCUUGCUUCACGGAGGACCUCAUGACGGUGGUGGUGGUCGCGGGCAACCAGUAUUUGCCGAGCGUCGCCGCGGCAUGCGCGAUCGCCGCUCCGUGCUACCAUACGCAGACGGGCGAGGACGCGUCUGAGGACUUGCUCGUAUACUCCACGCGGGAGAGUUGCCAUCAGCGCAUGUCGUACAUGGUCACGCGGGCUCCUGUCCUGACUCUGGCGUUUGCCGCAGGGCCCGCGCUCUGGCGGUGGCUCCUGCACCGCGCUGGCAAGGACGGGAGUGAGCAGUGCCUGCGGUUCCUCACCGCCUCCUAUCGUCCAGAACACGCGGGGUGGGAGGCCAACCGCCUUACGAAGAAUAUGCUCCUCAAGUGCGCCGUGGCGGUGGCCCCCACAACAUACUGUCCAGUGCGUCAGCUGAUCCUUGUUCUGUGCCCCAUGCUCGCCUUCACUACAUGGCAUUUCAGGAUGAACCCGUACAGGUUCAACCUCCUCAACAGUGUAGAGGCGACCUCUCUCUGGGUGUUGAACCUUUGCAUGCUGGCCUCCUGCUAUGCAGUCAGCGAGUCAUGGAGCCUGACCAGUGACUUUGCCGAGCAGCUGGUUAUUGGUGUCUACUGCGUACUUGCGAUCAACGGAGUGGGGCUGUUCUCGCUGCUUAUCUGGGCAAAGGUGGGGCUGUACGAUGGGCACCCGAUGUUCCAGGAGGCAUGA